AUGAGCCAGUUUUUUAAGCUGCUGCCUUUCCUCGCCUCCUGCAUGGCGUAUUUCAUCCUCUGGCUCCCUGAGCCCAGCAUUGGGGGCACCAUCCUCAAGUGCCUGCCGACCCUUUGCCUGAAGCUCUUUGUGGCCACAAAUUCCUACAGCGCAGGUGCCUGGACACCGUACACCCGGCGAAUAUUUCAAGGCCUGCUGCUCUCGGCAGUGGGAGAUGCCUGUCUGGUGUGGCCGAACACUUUUCUUGCAGGACUGGCCGCCUUCGCUGGAUGCCACGCGUGCUACAUCCUGGCCUUCGGCCUGCGCCCCUUGCGGCCCCUCACCUUGCUCGCCGUGGGCGGGGCGGUCGCCGCCGCCUACACCUUCCUGCUGCUGCCCUGCCUGAAGGGCCUGUACGUCUGGGCCGCGGCCGCCUACACGGGCCUGCUGGGCGUCAUGGCCUGGCGCGCCUUGGCCCGCCGCGCAAGAUGGCCGGCCGCCGCCGCGGGCAGCCUCUUCUUCGUGGCGUCCGACCUCUUCGUCGGCCUCGACAAGUUCUGCUCCAACGUGGCGCACGCGCGCGCCCUCAUCAUGAGCACUUACUACACGGCCCAGCUCUUGAUCACCUUCUCGGCGGCCUCCCAGAGAACCUCCCGCAAGGAGAGCUGA